UAGUUAGCAAAUAAAACCUUAGAUAAAUAUUGUAAAUGGCAACUCUUUCUAAUAGAACCGAUAACUGACCUUGUCUGGGAAUUUGUACAUGAAUAUUUUAGCCUUCUAAGCAUUGAAGGCAAGCUUACCCUUUCAUUUCCCUGGGGUAUAUAUUUUUACAUUUUAGGUUUGGCAGAGAAGGCGCAUAAGGAAUCAAAGAACUGAAAAUCGUUAGGGAAACUGAGCUUUGCUUCUCAGUUAAUGGUGCGGCACUAAGAAAAAUAAAGUUAGACUGUUACAAUGGCAGAGACACCAGAGGAAGAAAGAGAUGAUGAAUUUUUUAAGGAAGUUUAUGGAAAAGAGUAUACAGGACCACCCAGGUUGAACACUGAACAGUCGCUUGAAAAUAAUAAAUUGAAUAAAAGGCCACGCCCAAGUACCAAUGCUGGUGGUGAAUCUGAUGAUGAACAACAAGAACGUGAUCCAAAUGCCGUGCCUACAGAUUUCACCAGUCGAGAAGCCAAAGUUUGGGAAGCUAAAUCAAAGGCAAUAGAACGAAAUUGGAAAAGAAAAAAAGAAGAAGAGUUUAUAUGUAAGAUUUGUGGGGAGUCUGGCCACUUUACUCAGGGGUGCCCAACCACACUUGGAGCCAAUCGAACAAGGGAGUUUGUUGAAAAAAUUCCUGUGAAAGACAAGCGCCUGAAGCCUCGCAUUAUUGGAUCAGGUGGAUCAGUUAUUCAGAAGAUUGAAAGAGACACAGGAUGUCGGAUCAGGAUUGAAGAUGAUCUCACGGCUGAGAAUGUGUCAUUUGUUGUUCGCAUUGCUGGACCUGAUAGAUUGUGUCUUAUUAAAGGAACAGAUGCUGUGAAGAAGCUAGUUAAUGAAGCAGAAGAUGGUGGGAAAAGUCCAGGGUUGUUGCAUGGUUCACACAGAGGGCUUAAUGAUGAAAAUCCAUCUAGUGCAGCUCCAAGACAGCAUUUUUCCUCACAAAGGCAUCGUUCCAGGUCUGGAAGCCCCUCCCGCAUGGGUUCUCGGCAUCGAAAUUCUAAGGAAGAAAGGCUUAUCUCUGAUAACCGAUUUUCUCAGCCUGAAGGUGGGCGGAAGUUUGAGGGAAGUUCUUCUCACAUCAAGAACAGCCCUAAUGUUGGACCUCCAUAUUCAAAUAAAUCUGACAGAAGCUCCUAUCAGCAUCAUGGACAAUCUGUAGAAAGAGGUGUGCAUGAAGGGGAAAAGUGGCAUGCUGAUCUACGAGGUAAAGAACUUGAUGCUGGGUUUAGGAGCGAACAACACACUUGUCCUAAGUCCUUGGAGGAACUUGAGCAAGAAUUUUUAAAAGAGGCACUUGAAAUAUUUGGCGCAAAAAGUGCUGAAGAAGAUGAUGAAAAAAUGAGGCAUCGUGAGCGGCUAAGGGAAAUACGGGAGGCAUUCCAGAAAAAUAUGGUCUCAUUUCGGGCAAGGCAAAUGAGGCAAUGGGAAGAGUUUAUGCACCGAGAAGCUAAUGCACCUCAGAGGCUCUAUCAACAGCAGCUGGAUCGUGGUCAUCAAGUUUACAGUAGGGUUGGGAGUGCUGCAUAUGGUGGCAUUGGUGGGGGCACUGGCAAUCAUGGUUCCUAUAAGGAAGACCGUCCUUUGGAACAACAGAGUGGCAAAUUCUCAGAUUCAUAUGAUAUCUAUCAAGGCCCAAGGCCAGAUUUAUAUGGAGGAAAGGCGCCAUAUAAUGCAGAUCCUUAUGAUAAUUCACAAGCAUUCCACAACUAUAGAUGAAGGUGAGUCCAAGGAAUCAUCCAAAUGUAAAUGCUCUUGCAUAAAAGAUGGUCAUUGAGAAAUAAAAUCAGUGCUGCAGGUGUGCCUCAUUUAGAUUAAGUGAAAAAUAUGGUAGAUGACUUUCUGGACAAGGUGACAAUUUCGGAACAAGUUCUAUCCAUCAUCUUACAUAUUUUGUGGUUAGGACAAAAAUAUGCAGUUGGGUAUUCAUUUGGUCCCAAUCUCCUUGUUAAAAGACUGCUGCUGUUGAUUUGGCCUUUUAUUCAUGCAUGGCUGCAAAUCAAUGUUCCACAAGUCAGUUAGGGACAUCAUUGGAUUGGCUUAUAUUUUAUUUAUUAGUCAUUCAUAGAAAUUUCACGUCAUUGCAUUGGCACGCUUCUUGUUGUUGGUUAUUGCAUAUAGGGAUGUGAGAAGCUUGUUGUACCAUGAUCUUGUUUGCUAGGGCUGUUGUCAUCUGGGCAAGAACAACUAUGUUCCAUGUUGCAAGUGGCCAUUUAUAUUGAAAACUUCCAAGCCAACUUUUGAGAUGCUUCAUUGCAUGCUUGGAAGAUGAUAAAAGCUGUUUCCAUCAAAAUAACUGUCACGGAUUUGAUUCAUUUGAAUCAUUUUAGUAACUUUCUCA